UUCAAAAUGCAAUCCCAAUUCCCAAACACCCUUUUCAUACCUAAUCACACACAAUCGUUGACGGACCAGUCAUAUUCGACGGUGAUCUAGAACCAUCCUCGCCUCCGAUAUUAGUUUCCGCUCCCGCCGUCGCCAACGUUUUUCUCUCGCUCUCUCUUCUCGCCCUUCACGAUCCGUUUCUUUACUCAAGGAUUUGGAGGGAGAGAAAAUUACACUCACAGAAGGAUCGGUAAUGGCGAAGGGCGUGAGUUCGGCGGCCGUGCAAGCAGAACAACUUAAGCAAGAUGGAAACCUCUAUUUCAAGAAGAAUCGGUUGGGAGCCGCCAUCGAUGCUUAUACCGAGGCGAUCACUUUGUGCCCUGAUGUUCCGGUUUAUUGGACCAAUCGGGCUUUAUGCCAUCGCAAGCGCAAUGAUUGGGCAAGAGUUGAAGAGGACUGUCUGAAGGCUGUUCAGCUUGAUCAUAAAUCUGUCAAGGGUCAUUACAUGCUAGGACUUGCAUUGCUACAAAGGGAAAAAUACGCUGAAGGAAUAAAAUCAUUGGAAAGGGCUUUGGAUCAUGGGAGAGGUGCACACCCUAAUAGCUAUAUGGUGGAGGAGAUAUGGCAGGAAUUAGCAAAAGCAAAGUAUCAGGAAUGGGAACGUGAUUCCACCAAGCGAUCAUGGGAAUUGCAAAAUCUCCAAGACUCAUGUGAGAUAGCACUUAGAGAAAAACACGUGCAUGAAGAUGCGGCUGACUCUACUUCACAACAGUUAGCGGAUCUUAAAUUAGUAUUCGCCAAAGCUGCAGAAGCCGACAUCCCAACUGAGGUUCCGGACUAUCUUUGCUGCAAAAUCACGCUUGAUAUAUUCCGUGAUCCUGUCAUCACUCCAAGUGGUUUAACCUACGAAAGGGCUGUCAUUCUCGAUCAUCUAGAAAAGGUGGGGAAGUUUGAUCCGAUUACACGGGAAACCCUUUUCCCAUCACAAUUGGUUCAAAAUUUGGCGAUAAAGGAAGCGGUAGGGGCGUUUUUGGAAAAACAUGGUUGGGCAUAUAAGAUGGACUGAAACUUAAUGUCUCUUUGCAUAGAUAAGAUAUGAUGAUAUAUGAUAUGGUAUUUGGGGGUUGGUGGUAAAUAGAGAGGGGGUUAAACAAUUGAUCUAUUGUACAGCUUUAAAACCAAACCCUGGUCUUUUUGGGAUUGCUAGUAGUAUUGGGAGAGAGGUACAUUUGGCUUUUCUGAUUGUACAGUUGAGUGGCAAAACUUGCUACUUUAAGUUUUAAUUAUGACAAAAAUUGUGAAAUGGGGUUUUUCA